CUGCUGAGACCCGGCUCUGCGCGCCCAGGGGCGGCCCAUGUCCCCCGCGCUCCCCACUACGCUGCCGCAGCCAGGUCGCAUCUGGACGGGGCGCCGCGCGGCGGGGCCGACGCCGGGCCACAAUGCUGCUCGGGGCAUCCUUGGUGGGGGUGCUGUUGUUCUCCAAGCUGGUGCUGAAACUGCCUUGGAUCCAAGUGGGGUUCUCCCUGCUGUUCCUCUACCUGGGGUCCGGAGGUUGGCGCUUUGUUCGAAUCUUUGUCAAGACCAUAAGGCGUGAUAUCUUCGGCGGCCUGGUACUCCUGAAGGUGAAGGUAAAGGUCCGGCGGUACCUGCGGGAGCAGCGGACAGUGCCCAUUUUGUUUGCGUCUACGGUACAGCGCCACCCUGACAAGACAGCCUUGAUCUUUGAGGGCACAGACACCCGCUGGACCUUCCGCCAGCUGGAUGAUUACUCCAGCAGCGUGGCCAACUUCCUGCAGGCUCGGGGCCUGGCCUCAGGCGACGUGGCUGCUCUCUUCAUGGAGAACCGCAACGAGUUUGUGGGUCUGUGGCUGGGCAUGGCCAAGCUGGGUGUGGAGGCCGCACUCAUCAACACCAACCUCCGGCGGGACGCUCUGCGCCACUGCCUGACCACUUCCCAGGCCCGGGUCCUCGUCUUUGGCAGUGAGAUGGCCCCAGCCAUCUCUGAAAUCCAAGCCAGCCUGGACCCCUCGCUCAGCCUCUUCUGCUCUGGCCCCUGGGAGCCCAGCACGGUGCCCGCCGGCACGGAGCACCUAGACCCCCUGCUGGAAGAUGCCCCCAAGCACCUGCCCAGUCGCCCUAACAAGGGCUUCACAGAUAAGCUCUUCUACAUCUACACAUCGGGCACCACCGGGCUGCCCAAAGCCGCCAUCGUGGUGCACAGCAGGUAUUACCGCAUGGCCGCCCUAGUGUACUACGGAUUCCGGAUGCGGCCUGACGACAUUGUCUACGACUGCCUGCCCCUCUACCACUCCGCAGGUAACACAGGGCCCACCCUCUCAGCCUCCGGUGCCCCGGGGCCUCAGGAACCC